AUGACCAUGGCGUCGACAGUAGGAAAGACUAUUACUUGCAAGGCCGCCGUGGCGUGGGAAGCCGGCAAGGAGCUGAGCAUCGAGAACAUUGAGGUCGCGCCGCCCAAGGCACAUGAAGUCCGAAUCGAGAUCUACCACACCGGAGUCUGUCACACAGAUGCGUACACUCUCUCAGGAAACGACCCCGAGGGAGCUUUCCCCAUUAUUCUCGGGCACGAGGGCGCCGGCAUUGUUGAAUCAGUAGGCGAGGGCGUCACCAGCGUGAAACCUGGCGACCACGUCGUCGCCCUGUACACGCCGGAAUGUAAAGAGUGCAAGUUCUGCAAGUCCGGCAAGACGAACCUCUGCGGCAAGAUCCGCGCCACGCAGGGCCAGGGUCUCAUGCCCGACGGCACGUCGCGGUUCCGGUGCAAGGGCAAGGACCUGCUGCACUUUAUGGGCUGCUCGACCUUCUCGCAGUACACGGUCGUGGCAGACAUCUCGGUUGUGGCGGUGCAGCAGGACGCGCCGAUGGAGAAGACGUGCCUGCUCGGGUGCGGCAUCACGACCGGCUACGGAGCGGCGCGGAUCACGGCCAAGGUGGAGGAAGGGUCCAACAUCGCCGUGUUCGGCGCCGGGUGCGUGGGGCUCAGCGUGGUCCAGGGCGCGGUCGCGCAGAAGGCCGGCAAGAUCAUCGUCGUCGACCUCAACCCGGACAAGGAGGAGUGGAGCAGGAAGUUCGGCGCGACCGACUUCCUCAACCCGUCCAAGCUGCCCGAGGGCACCAGUGUCGUCGACAAGCUGAUCGAGAUGACCGACGGCGGGUGCGACUACACCUUCGACUGCACGGGCAACGUCGGCGUCAUGCGCACCGCCCUGGAGGCGUGCCACAAGGGCUGGGGCCAGUCCAUCGUCAUUGGCGUCGCGGCGGCCGGGCAGGAGAUACAGACCCGACCGUUCCAACUCGUGACCGGUCGCGUCUGGCGCGGCUGCGCCUUCGGCGGCGUCAAGGGCCGCUCGCAGCUGCCUGGCCUUGUGCAGGACUACCUGGACGGGCGGCUCAAGGUCGACGAGUUCAUCACCCACCGGCAGAAGCUCGACGACAUCAACACCUCCUUCCAGGUUAUGAAGAGCGGCGAAUGCAUCCGUGCUGUGGUGGACAUGCGGGGUAAGUAG